AUUCGAUUCUAUGUCGACUGCUGUCAUGGGAGUGAUGUCAAAAAAAAGAUCAACUUCCGCCUUUACAACCCAUCUACGCAUCUCUUCAGACCUUUGGUGGUCUUUUCCGGCUGUCAAUUGCAAGGAGGAGACAACCAUGGCUCCGAGAUAUGAAAUGUGCGUCGGCCUGAACAAAGGCCACAAGACGACGAAAAUAAAGCAGCUCCAGUACCGCGGUGACCGCAAAGUCAAAGGAAUCCGCCCGUCCCGUCUGAAGGGUAUCCAAACCAAGCACACGAAGUUCGUGCGCGAUCUGGUGCGUGAGGUCGUUGGACAUGCCCCGUACGAGAAGCGUGGUAUGGAAUUGCUGAAGGUGUCCAAGGAUAAGCGUGCGCUCAAGUUCCUGAAGCGGCGUCUCGGCACGCACAUUCGUGCCAAGAGGAAGCGCGAAGAACUGUCCAACAUUUUGGCCCAUAUGCGCAAGGCGGCACACAAGUAAACCCUACUUGCUGUCGGUUGGUGUGGCAGUUACACGCCUUUUCGUUCGAUCGAAUGGUAAUAAUCACGAUCAUCCGUCAUACGAUCGAUGGGUGGUUGUCGAUACCAUCAGCUUUACGAUCGUGCGACUCACAGAACAAUCGUGGAAGGGCGUAAGUUACUGCUGCCCGGGUGAUGAUUGAUGGUGAUGAUGUUUGUGUAAGGAUUGAAACAUUCUUGAGAAAUACAAAAAAAUUUAAAUCCACCAUAAA